CCCACACGCGCUUCACCCCGCACAUCGCCGGCGAUGGGAUCCAAGGACCAGGGCGGAGGGGCCGCCUCCUCGGGCGGCGGCUUCUUCUCGUCGUUCGCCGCCGGCAUGCGCAGCUGGGGCACCGCCGUGCACAAAUCCGUCAACGGGCUGCUUGGUUAUGAAGGCCUUGAAGUUAUUAACCCCGAUGGAGGCACAGAUGAUGCUGAAGAAGAAGCUUUAAGGGGCCGAUGGAAGCAAGAGGAUCGUGAUAGCUAUUGGAAGAUGAUGCACAAGUACAUAGGAUCAGAUGUUACAUCACUUGUGACACUUCCAGUCAUAAUUUUUGAGCCAAUGACAAUGCUUCAGAAAAUGGCUGAGUUGAUGGAAUACUGUGAGUUGUUAGACAAAGCAGAUGAAUGUGAGGAUCCAUACAUGCGUAUGGUUUAUGCUUCUACAUGGGCUGUUUCGGUAUACUUCGCGUAUCAGCGCACAUGGAAGCCUUUUAAUCCGAUCCUUGGAGAGACUUACGAGAUGGUUAACCACCAGGGCAUCACAUUUCUUGCCGAGCAGGUAAGCCAUCAUCCCCCAAUGGGUGCUGCUCACUGUGAGAAUGAGCAUUUUACUUAUGAUAUCACGUCUAAGGUGAAGACAAAGUUCUUGGGAAAUUCAUUGGAAAUCUAUCCAGUUGGAAGGACUAGAGUGACACUUAAAAAAUCUGGUGUCGUGUUGGAUUUGGUGCCACCACUAACAAAGGUUAACAACCUGAUAUUUGGGCGUACUUGGGUUGAUUCUCCUGGAGAGAUGGUUAUGACAAACCUGACAACCGGAGACAAAGCUGUGUUAUAUUUCCAGCCAUGUGGCUGGUUCGGGGCUGGCCGGUAUGAGGUAGAUGGGUAUGUGUACAGUGCAGCGGAAGAACCCAAAAUAAUGAUUACAGGGAAAUGGAACAAGUCACUGAGCUGCCAACCAUGUGACCAAGAAGGCGACCCUCUUCCAGGCACGGAGCUGAAGGAGAUCUGGAGAGUCGCCCCUGCCCCACAGAACGACGGGUAUCAGUACACACACUUUGCGCACAAAAUAAACAGCUUCAGCACGGCACCUAAGAAGCUGUUGGCAUCUGAUUCCCGGCUGAGGCCCGAUAGAUAUGCCCUCGAGAAGGGCGACAUGUCCAAGUCUGGCUCAGAAAAGAGCAGGCUGGAGGAGCAGCAGAGAGCCGAGAAAAGGACUCGAGAGGCCAAGGGCGAGCAGUUCACUCCGCGAUGGUUCAACGUGACGGAUGCGGUCGCCUCCACGCCGUGGGGUGACCUGGAAAUUUGUGAGUACAGCGGCAGAUACACGGAGCACCGGGCUGCCAUAGACAGCUCCAACAGCACCGACGACGACGACGAGAUAGACGUCACUUCGGUCGAGUUCGACCCAUGGCAGUAUGGUGGUAGCUCGUCAUCUCCCCAAUGAUUCUCCGCGUCCGGAAGCUGCCGUGCCUGUGCUCCUUGUGUAAAAAAAAAAUGCUUCCAGGCGGCCUGGCCUUCGCUGGUUUGUUGUGGCACCAGCGGUUUCCGUGCCCUUGUAGUAGUAUUAUGACCUGCCCCCUCUUUCUCUUAUUAACGCUACAGAUUUAUUCAGGAAGUGGUGUGUUUU